GGGCGACGCCGCUUCCGCCCGGCGCCAAGAUGGCGGCGCCCUUUGUCUGGUCCGUGUCACGGUGAGCGCCGCCGGGCCCGGCAUGGCAGACCUUGCAGGAGCACUGACUGGAAAUGAGGACAGGCUCCCCUUCACAGACACUGGAAGGAGUGGGGCUGCUGUGUUCCCCGAGCUGACACGCAAGGAGGGAGAUGACGGAUGGCUGCGUAGAGACUGACUUGAGCACUGGGAAAGGGGAAUACCCUGAAGGAGAGCCACAACCAUCUCACUCACAGCCUCGGUCCUCGGGAUAUCUCCACUCCUUGCAGCGCAGGGCCAUGGAUUUCCCCCAGCACAGCACCCAAGUCCUGGAGCAGCUGAACCAGCAGCGGCAGCUGGGCUUGCUCUGUGACUGCACCUUCGUGGUGGAUGGCAUCAACUUCAAGGCCCACAAAGCCGUGCUGGCAGCCUGCAGUGAGUACUUCAGGAUGCUCUUUGUCGACCAGAAGGACGUGGUGCACCUGGACAUCAGCAAUGCAGCAGGCCUGGGCCAGGUUUUGGAGUUCAUGUACACAGCUAAGCUAAGCCUAAACCCUGACAAUGUGGAAGAUGUGUUGGCUGUGGCAGGUUUCCUCCAGAUGCAGGAGAUUGUCAGCGCUUGCAAUGCUCUCAAGUCCCUCACUGUGCCAGCAGAGAGCCCACAGCCCCCUGCAGAGCUCGCAGCUGACAAAGUGACCACUGAGGACAAGGCAGCAGAAGCAGGGGCUGACCCUGACAAACCCAACCCAGUUCCUCCUGACCUGGAGGAGAAGGAAGAGGCUCCCAAGGUGCAGGCGGAGCUGCUGGGUGCCCAGGAAGGGACAGAUGCUGCCGCACCAGAGGGUCCCAGCACCACAGGUCCUGCCUGCCCGGAGAGCGUGGGCAGCAGCAGCAGCCCCACAGCACAGGGCAGCAUCACUCAGAGCACUGGAGCAGGAGAGGUGGAGCUGGAAGGGAAGGAGGAAGAGGGGGAAAUGACAGCAGAGGAGGAGGAAGAGGCCAAAAUUCCUGAGGAAGAGCAGCCCCGCUUGGAAAACGGAGAAAACACUGAGGAUAAUGAAUCUGGGAGCACUGAUUCCGGGCAGGAAAACUCGGGAGAAUCCCGACUGCUGCGUUCAGGCACUUACAGCGACAGGACCGAGUCCAAAGCCUACGGCUCUGUCACACACAAGUGUGAGGACUGUGGGAAGGAAUUCACCCACACCGGGAAUUUCAAGCGGCACAUCCGCAUCCACACGGGAGAGAAACCCUUCUCCUGCAGGGAGUGUAACAAAGCCUUCUCCGACCCAGCUGCAUGCAAAGCUCACGAGAAGACUCACAGCCCGCUGAAGCCGUACGGCUGCGAGGAGUGCGGGAAGAGCUACCGGCUCAUCAGCCUGCUGAACCUGCACAAGAAGCGGCACACGGGGGAGGCCAAGUACCGCUGCGAUGACUGCGGCAAGCUCUUCACCACCUCGGGCAACCUGAAGCGGCACCAGCUGGUGCACAGUGGGGAGAAGCCCUACCAGUGUGACUACUGCGGGCGCUCCUUCUCCGACCCCACCUCCAAGAUGCGACACCUCGAGACCCACGACACCAACAAGGAGCACAAGUGUCCCCACUGCGACAAGAAGUUCAACCAGGUGGGGAAUUUGAAGGCUCACUUGAAGAUUCACAUUGCGGAUGGGCCCCUCAAGUGUCGGGAGUGUGGCAAGCAGUUCACCACGUCAGGGAACCUCAAGCGGCACCUGCGGAUCCACAGUGGGGAGAAGCCCUAUGUCUGCGUCCAUUGCCAGCGCCAGUUCGCUGACCCUGGGGCGCUGCAGCGGCACGUUCGGAUCCACACGGGGGAGAAGCCAUGCCAGUGCUUGAUCUGCGGGAAAGCCUUCACCCAGGCCAGCUCCCUCAUUGCCCACGUGCGGCAGCACACAGGGGAGAAGCCCUAUGUGUGUGAGCGCUGCGGGAAGAGGUUCGUGCAGUCAAGCCAACUGGCCAACCACAUCCGCCACCAUGACAACAUCCGGCCCCACAAGUGCACUGUCUGCAACAAAGCCUUUGUCAACGUGGGCGACCUCUCCAAGCACAUCAUUAUCCACACCGGGGAGAAGCCGUUCCUGUGUGAUAAAUGUGGUCGGGGCUUCAACCGUGUGGACAACCUGCGCUCCCAUGUGAAGACCGUGCACCAGGGCAAGGCUGGGAUCAAAAUCCUGGAGCCGGAGGAAGGCGACGAGGUCAACAUCGUCACGGUGGCCUCCGAUGACAUGGUGACAUUGGCCACCGAGGCGCUGGCGGCCACCGCUGUCACCCAGCUCACGGUGGUGCCGGUGGCGGCCGCCGUGACCGCGGAUGAGACUGAAGCACUUAAAGCCGAGAUCACCAAAGCAGUGAAGCAAGUGCAGGAAGCGGAUCCCAACACCCAGAUCCUUUACGCCUGCGAUUCCUGUGGGGAGAAGUUCCUGGACGCCAGCAGCCUGGCGCAGCACGUCCGCAUCCACACGGCCCAGGCGCUCGUCAUGUUCCAGGCGGACACGGACUUUUACCAGCAGUAUGGCCCUGCCGGCACCUGGCACACGGAGCAGGUCAUUCCUGCGGGAGAGCUGCUCUUCCGCACCCGGGAUGCUCCUCCGACCCCCCCCCCGGCCCCAUUGGGCCCACAGCCGGCGGCUGGAGAGGGGCAGCCCCCCCCCUCCGAGUGACCCCUCACCACCCCCCACCCCCC